ACAUAAAAAUAAUAAUUGAAUUUACCGAAUGGAAUGGAAUCGUUAUCACCUGGGCGGAGGGGCCCACUAGGUGAAUGCUUGUAUUGUACCCGAAUAUACUCUGCCCAUAUCCGUUCAAAACCACCACCUCUUCUCUAUUUUGUUCGCACCAUAACUUUUUCAACUUCACCUCUCUAGAUACAUACAAAGCAUGGAUUCGAUGCAAAUUUUACUGUUAGCCCUGGUGGGAUUAUCUGCUUUGGUUUUCUUGAUUCUCGACACCUUCGAUUCGCAUCAAUCUUCGAAACAUAGAGUAAUUGCGAGGAGAGGAGAGGGUGAGAAGCGUCUGGGAUCGGAGGGUAAUCGGAUCAGUGAUGAUGAGUGGGAGGGAGUUGAGAGAAGCGAAUUGGAGAAGAUCUUUGGCGAGGCCUUGGUUUAUGCGGAAUCGUGUCAAAGCAUUGGUGAAGAUUCGAAGCUGCAGCUCUAUGGGCUUCAGAAGGCUGCUCUUCAAGGGCCUUGCUGCGGAUCGCGGCCCACGGCAUUGCACCUAUCUGCCCGAUCCAAAUGGAACGCUUGGCAGAAGGUAGGGAAUAUAAGUGAGGAGAUAGCGAUGGAGAAAUAUAUAGCCACAUUAUCGGAUUUAAUUCCGGAUUGGAACAAGGGUGAAAGAGAUGAAGCUGAGAGCUGACUGUAAUUGGAUCAUCAAUAUUGGCUGAAUGUUGAUAAUUGAUGAACAUAAUGCAGGGGUGUAAAUAUAUACAUAUAUGUUAUAAUAAUUGAUAAUAGCAUUAGUCAUAAUAAUUUUGUGAAGGGAAACAAGUCAUUUUCUCUUGUUCUACAGCUUCAAUAUGAUUGGCAUAUCAUAUCCCUCUGUCUACCUAGCAAUAGAGGGGAAAAGAAAUGUGCAUUAUUCAAUUAUUUUUGUACUCCAUUUAAUUAUUUUUGCUCAUUGUUAUAUAGAUACUGUCUAAAAUA